AUGGGCAGUUGGACGGAUAUUUUCUCGUUCAGUCGCAGUGAUGCUUAUCAGCAUUUGGCAGCAGAACAUCGCCGUCUUCUUCCUUCGUACGAUGAUGAUGAGCCACACCCUCCAACACACUCAAAGGAGAUCACCAAGGUUGCUUUGAGAUUGAAGUAUCAAAUUGAGCAGGUGGUAAGCUGUGAGGUGGGGGAGGAUACCUUGACCGACCCAAACAGUCGCAUUAUCACAAAUGCUGUAACCCAGACAGCUAGGCAGGCCGGUGGCGAAGAGAAUAAAGCCUGUGUAGUUUAUUGCCUUCUCGUGUGUCUACGAUGGUUCAAGAUUCAGGCCUUUGUCGAGCCCUGGGAUGCUGAUCUCCACGCGAUGCGAGCUGUGGCUUGUGAGGUCAUUGCCAAGCGCAUUAUCGAAAGUGAAGAAGAUCAGAGCUAUCUCCUCAAGCAAAUUCUGCUUAAGCGCUAUUCCAUUUUUGUCGAUGGAUUCGAGACCGAUCCUGCUAACGUGAUCGAACGCUCGGUAGAUCUCCAUGCGCUAAGAGUUAUCAGCUCCUCUGGCUACCAAAAAUGCAUUCAGUAUCUUUGGCGUGGCUGGAUCUGCCAGGAAGAUGGCAACCCUACCAAUUUCGUUGAGUACGAACAGAAAGCUAACACGGAUUAUUGGGUUCACUUCCACCCUGAUCGGAUGCGAACUCCUCUAUACCAGAAUAUCGUGCAAGUUAUGUUCUCACUGAUAUACCUUGCGAUAUACACGGCUGUCAUAAACACUGUCAACCCUACUGGUGACCUGGACUUUGCCGAGGGUAUUCUGUACACAAUGACACUGGCAUUUAUCUGUGAUGAAGGGAUGAAGUUUUGGAAAGUUGGAUGGAAUUAUAUUUCGUUCUGGAAUACCUUCAAUUCUACGCUAUACACACUUCUGGCUACCUCGUUCAUCUUGCGUGUGGUUGCAUUGGCCCACCCAACUCUGGUGCACGAUCACGAACGACAGUAUUUUAACGAACUAAGCUACAACUUCCUGGCAUUUGCCGGCCCCAUGUUUUGGAUGCGCAUGAUGCUAUACUUGGACUCGUUCCGUUUCUUCGGUGCCAUGUUUGUGAUCCUCCGGGUUAUGAUGAAAGAGAGUAUCAUUUUCUUUGCUCUCCUUUUCGUGGUCCUGGCCGGUUUCUUCCAGGCCUUCCUAGGAAUGGCCCAGGUUGACGACGAUGUCCCGAUAGUUGGGUCCAUAGUCCAAGGAAUGGUCAACUCCGUCAUGCAAAGCCCUGAUUUUGACACUUUCCAAGAAUUUGCAUUUCCGUUUGGAAUUAUCCUCUACUAUAUCUUCAACUUUGUUGUUAUGACAGUGCUGCUGAAUAUCCUCAUUGCUCUGUACAACAGCGCAUAUGAGGACGUUUCAAGUAACUCCACUGACGAGUAUUUGUCGACCUUUGCCCAGAAGACUAUGCAAUUCGUUCGUGCUCCCGAUGAGAAUGUGUUUAUUCCACCUUUUAACCUAAUUGAGAUUAUCUUUUUGAGUGCACCAUUUGAGUGGUGGCUUUCGCGGAAAAAUUACGCAAAGCUCAAUGAUAUCGUCAUGCUUGUGAUCUACGCGCCUCUUCUUCUGGUGACGGCCUGGGUUGAGACUCGCCAGGCAGACCGAAUUCGCUGGAAUCGUCGUCAUGGAGAAGAAGACGAAGAUUGUAGACAGGAGUGGGAAUGUGUGGCCGAGGGUGUGGAUUUCGACCUUGAUUCUUCCUGGAAAGAAGAGGUCAAGCAGACUACACCUGAUAUCAGGGUUGACGGUGCCACUAUCGAGAUCAGACACCUUAAGGAGCAAAUUGAGAUCUUAACGGAGAUGGUCAGACGGCUUAGUGAAGAAAAGGCCGUGCAUAACCCAGACCAAUACAAGGACACCUUUGCGAAAGACAGCAGAAGUAUACUAUCUUCCCGAUCCAAUGAUCCGGCCGGAAAACAUGGGGAUCUGGAAACAGCGGCUAAACUCACAGAGGAUCCCCAGAUCCAACGUGCUUCGCUACAUAAUCCCCUCCCAAUACAGUUCCAUACAUAUGCAUGGCCGUUCUUGAUUAUCUGGCCUAUCUUCUUUUCCUUCUACCUCUCGGCUGAUCGCUAUGAUACCUACAUUCAAGGACAGGAAUGGACCUUCGUCUUUUCGGGCUCCAUCAUCACAGCCCAGUCACUCUUGUGGCUGAUGACCAAAUGGAAUAUCAACAUUAACACUCUUUUUACUACCACAUCCGCCAAAUCUGUCGAUUCUGCCAGCCUGGUCAAGGUGAUUCCUAUCACCAAUGCCGGAACUGCGGAAAUCUGCCCUUUAAUUCGCGACAAUAAGGGUGGGAAGAAGAACACUUCGUUCCUGUUUCAGAAGCGUCGUUUCUUGUUCUCUCCCGAAACCCAAACUUUUGCCCCGCUGUCUUACGUUCUUGAUGAAGAGCCCAAGCCCGCUCUUAAGAGUUUCCAGCUCAGCAAGGGUUUGACCACCAAAUCUGAGAUCGAGCGCAUCCAAAACCAUUACGGUGAUAACACUUUCGAUAUCCCAGUCCCUACUUUCACCGAACUGUUCCAGGAGCAUGCUGUGGCACCAUUUUUUGUGUUUCAGGUAUUCUGUGUUGGACUAUGGAUGCUGGACGAAUAUUGGUACUACUCGCUGUUCACCCUCUUCAUGCUCGUUACCUUUGAAAGCACUGUGGUUUGGCAACGCCAGCGAACUUUGACUGAGUUCCGUGGAAUGAGUAUCAAACCUUAUGAUGUUUGGGUUUACCGUCAAGAAAGAUGGGAGGAAAUUACCAGCGACAAGCUUCUUCCGGGUGAUCUGAUGUCUGUAAACCGCACCAAGGAGGAUGGCGGUGUUGCCUGUGAUAUUCUUUUAGUCGAGGGAAGUGCUAUUGUGAACGAGGCAAUGCUCUCCGGUGAGAGUACACCUCUUCUCAAGGAUUCCGUCCAACUUCGUCCCGGCGACGACUUGAUUGAGCCAGAAGGCUUAGACAAGAACUCGUUCGUUCACGGUGGAACCAAGGUUCUUCAAAUCACUCAUCCAAAUACGAAUGACGAAGGGUUGAAAAACAUUGCUAGCGGUGUCCCAGCGGCUCCCGAUAACGGCGCUUUGGGCGUGGUUGUCAAGACUGGAUUUGAGACCAGCCAGGGUAGCUUGGUACGCACUAUGAUCUAUUCUACCGAGCGUGUCUCUGCCAACAAUGUGGAGGCAUUGCUGUUCAUCUUGUUUCUCCUCAUUUUCGCAAUUGCCGCUUCGUGGUAUGUGUGGCAGGAGGGUGUGGCUAAGGACCGCAAACGAUCCAAACUUCUGUUGGACUGUGUUCUCAUCGUUACGAGUGUCGUUCCACCCGAGCUUCCCAUGGAACUGAGCUUGGCUGUCAACACUAGUCUUGCUGCCCUGAGCAAAUAUGCAAUCUUCUGCACUGAACCCUUCCGCAUUCCUUUCGCUGGUCGUGUCGAUAUCGCCUGUUUCGAUAAGACUGGUACCUUGACUGGUGAGGAUCUUGUCGUUGAUGGUAUCGCUGGACUUACCCUGGGUCAGGCUGGUGCCAAGGUUGAGGCCGAUGGCGCUCACACCGAGUUGGCCAAGGCUUCCGCUGUUGGACCCGAAACUACUCUCGUUCUUGCUAGUGCCCAUGCCAUGGUCAAACUGGAUGAGGGCGAAGUCGUUGGCGACCCUAUGGAGAAAGCUACAUUGGAAUGGCUUGGCUGGACCCUUGGUAAAAAUGACACUCUGACCUGCAAAGGAAAUUCGCCCGUGCUUUCCUCUCGUCCUGUGGACUCAGUCCAGAUUAAGAGAAGGUUCCAAUUCUCUUCUGCCUUGAAGCGCCAGAGCACUAUUGCCACCAUCACUUCGAAGAAGAUAAAGUCUACAUUUGUUGGUGUCAAGGGUGCUCCUGAGACCAUCCGAACCAUGCUUGUCAACACUCCUCCCCACUAUGAAGAGACUUUCAAGCACUUCACGCGUAACGGUGCACGUGUUCUGGCUCUCGCAUACAAGUUCCUUUCAACCGAGACUGAGAUUUCUCAGAGCCGUGUGAACAACUAUGUGCGUGAAGAAAUUGAGAGCAAUUUGAUUUUUGCUGGUUUCCUGGUUCUGCAAUGCCCCCUGAAGGAUGAUGCGAUUAAGGCCGUUCAAAUGCUAAAUGAAAGCAGCCACCGAGUUGUCAUGAUUACCGGUGACAACCCCUUGACUGCCGUUCACGUUGCUCGCAAGGUCGAGAUUGUGGACCGAGAGGUCCUUAUCCUUGAUGCCCCUGAAAAUGACACUUCUGGAACCAGACUCGUUUGGCGCACUAUUGAUGACAAGCUCAACACCGAUGUUGAUCCCACCAAGCCCUUGGACCCGGAAAUUCUCAACAGCAAGGACAUUUGUAUCACUGGUUAUGCUCUGGCUAAGUUCAAGGACCAACAGGCCCUUCCCGAUCUUUUGCGCCACACUUGGGUCUAUGCCCGUGUGUCUCCUAAACAGAAGGAGGAUAUUCUGCUCGGUCUCAAAGAUGCAGGUUACACCACCCUCAUGUGUGGUGACGGUACCAACGACGUUGGCGCUUUGAAGCAGGCUCAUGUUGGUGUCGCUCUUCUGAAUGGCUCCGCUGAUGACCUCACGAAGAUCGCCGACCACUAUCGCACUACCAAGAUGAAGGAGCUGUACGAAAAGCAAGUUGGUAUGAUGCAGCGCUUCAACCAGCCUCCCCCGCCUGUUCCUGUGCUCAUCGCACACCUCUACCCACCUGGUCCCUCCAACCCUCACUACCAGAAAGCCAUGGAAAGAGAGGCAGAGAAGAAGGGUGCUGCCGCUGCCGCUGCCGCUGCCGCCAGCAACUCAGGCGAAGAAAUUCAGACCAUCACCUCCCCUGGCGCGCAAGCCUUGCAACAAAAUAUGACUCCUCAGCAACUGAAGGCUCAGAAGGCUUCCAACGCCGCUGCGGGCUUUGCUGACAAGAUUACCUCGUCUAUGUUGGAGCAAGAGCUAGACGAUAGCGAGCCACCCACUAUCAAGCUUGGUGACGCCUCCGUUGCUGCGCCAUUUACCAGCAAGCUGGCCAACGUUAUUGCUAUUCCCAACAUCAUCCGCCAAGGUCGCUGCACUUUGGUUGCAACCAUUCAAAUGUACAAAAUUCUUGCUUUGAACUGUUUGAUUAGUGCCUACAGUUUGAGUGUUAUCUAUCUGGAUGGAAUCAAGUUCGGUGAUGGUCAGGUCACCAUCAGUGGUAUGCUGAUGAGUGUUUGCUUCCUCUCCAUCUCCCGCGCCAAGUCUGUCGAGGGCCUGUCGAAGGAGCGACCUCAGCCCAAUAUCUUCAAUGUCUAUAUCAUUGGAUCUGUUCUUGGACAGUUCGCCAUUCACAUCGUGACCUUGAUUUAUAUCACUAGAUACGUUUACAAGAUUGAGCCUCGUUCAAAUGACAUUGAUCUGGAGGGCGAGUUUGAGCCUUCUCUCCUGAACAGCGCCAUCUAUCUCCUUCAGCUGAUUCAGCAGAUCUCGACCUUCUCGAUCAACUACCAGGGUCGUCCUUUCCGGGAAUCUAUUCGCGAAAACAGGGCUAUGUACUGGGGUCUGGUUGCCGCAGCUGGUGUCGCAUUCUCCUGCGCAACCGAGUUCAUCCCCGAGGUCAAUGAAAAGCUGCGAUUGGUGCCUUUCAGCACUGAAUUCAAGCUCACCCUCACUGUGCUGAUGAUCUUUGACUACGGUGGUUGCUGGCUUAUCGAAAACGUGCUGAAGCACCUGUUCAGUGAUUUCCGUCCCAAGGACAUCGCUGUUCGUCGUCCUGAUCAACUGAAGCGCGAGGUCGAGCGCAAGGCUAAGGAGCAGGCUGAGGCCGAGGCUGAGCGAGAGAAGAAGCGACAGGUUUAG